AUGGAAGCACCAGCAGAAGGGUUAUGGGGACUAGCAGACCAUCACGAAAAGCUAGGUCAAAUAGCAAAGGCAGUAAAAUGCCUAGAAGCAAUCUGUCAAAGCGAUGUUUCUUUCUACCCAAUCAUCGAAGUCAAAACUCGUCUUCGUAUUGCCACUAUCCUUCUUCACCAUUCCCACAACGUUCAUCAUGCUAAAUCUCACCUACAAGGAUGUCAAUUGCUCUUGAAGUCGACACAGACUUGUUUAGAAUUGAAGUGUAAAGUUUAUAGUUUGUUAAGUCAAUGUUAUCAUCUUGUUGGAGAUAUUAAAUAUCAGAAAAAAAUUUUGUUUGAGGGUCUUCAACUUGCUGCCUCUUCUGCUGGAAAUAAUGAGUUUUCAAUGAAGUUGUGGUCUUGCAACUUCAACUCACAGCUUGCAAAUGCUCUGUCAACUGAAGGAGACUACCGGGGUUCAGUCUCGGCCAUAGAACGUGGAUAUGUCUGUGCUAGUAAAGUACCCUACCCAGAGAUGCAGAUGUUCUUUUCCACUUCAUUAUUGCAUGCUUGCCUAAUGCAUACGGAUGAUAAUAGUUUGGUUGCUCAAGCUAUUAAUAAAUGCAAUGAGAUUUGGGAGUCAAUUCUGCCUGAUCAAAGACGACAAUGCCCUGGAUUGUUCUUUUAUAAUGAAUUACUCCAGAUAUUCUAUCACAUGCGGCUAUGUGAUUACAAGAAGGUUGAACCUCAUGUAGACAAACUGGAUGCUGCUGUGAAGGCUUAUAGAGAGCAAUUGCUAGGAGAUAAGCUUCAGUUAGCACCGCCUCCUAUUGAUGGGGAAUGGCUUCCGAAAAGUGCCGUCUUUGCACUAGUUGAUCUGAUAGUUGUUGUAUUUGGGCGCCCAAAAGGAAAUUUUAAGGAUUGUGGAAAGCGCAUACAAUCUGGGAUGCAUAUAAUUCAAGAUGAGUUAGUGAAGCUUGGAAUAACUAAUUGUCUCAGAGAAGCGGAUUUGGAUCGCUCUUCCAUCCAUAUGGCUGGAGUAUACUUAAUGCUACUGAUUCAGUUUCUUGAAAACGAAGUGGCAAUAGAGCUCACACGAGCACAAUUUUCCGCAGCACAAGAGGCUUUGAUACAGAUGAAAAAUUGGUUCACGAGGUUUCUGACUAUAUUGAUGCCAUGUGAAUGCAUCAUUGAGAUCCUUAGAGGCCAAUACGCUCAUUCCGUUGGCUGUUAUAACAAAGCGGUCUUUCAUUUUUCUGAAGCAGUAGAGCUCACGGAUAGCAAAUCAAUGCAAGCUAUGUGCAAAGUUUAUGAAGCUAUUUCUUAUAUAUGCAUUGGUGAUGCAGAAUCUACUUCGAAGGCAGAUCAUUUGAUUAGGCCAUUUUACGAAGUAGUAGAUUCAACUGUAGGAGCUAGAGAGAAAACAGGUGUUCUUUUUACUUAUGGUUUAUUAUUGAUUAAACAACGAGAUCUACCAGAAGCAAGAUUGGUGACGGGUUUGAAACUGAUGCAUACUUCUUUAGGGAACAUUCAACUUAUGUCCCAAUAUUUGAGAACCCUCGGAAGUUUGGCCCUUGAAAUUCAUGACACGGUACAAGCCAAAGAGAUAUUGCGGUCGUCCUUGACCUUGGCAAAGAAGCUUUACGAUGUUCCAACUCAAGUCUGGGUGCUGUCUGUUUUGACAGAUUUAUAUAAAGAAUUAGGAGAAAAGGAAAACCAAAUGGAGAAUGCUGAGUAUCAGACAAAAAAAGCAAGAGAUUUGGAAAAGAGAUUAGCCGAUGCACAAGCAUCCAUUUAUCAUAAUGAAAUAAAUGGUGUAGGUGAAUUAGUUGUGAAUGCCACUGAUGUGCAAAGGAACGCACAUAAGGAAUUGAUGAAGAAAGAUUGCAAGGCUUUGUUCUUGAUUCAACAAAGUCUUGAUGAAGGAAACUUUGAAAGAAUCUCAAAAUCAUUGAGUUCAAAGGAAGCAUGGGACAUUCUUUCAAAGUAUCAUGAAGGUGAUGAUAAAGUGAAGUUGAUUAAGCUUCAAUCACUGAGAAGGAAAUUUGAGCUAUUGCAAAUGGAAGAUGAUCAUAAGAUUUAUGAAUACAUCUCUAAACUCAUCAAUCUUGUGAAUCAGAUGAAGGCUUGUAGUGAAGCUAUCACUGAUCAACAGAUAGUUGAAAAGAUUAUGAGGACCCUAUCUUCAAGGUUUGAUUUCAUUGUGGUGGCAAUUCAGGAAUCAAAAGAUGUUAAGACAUUGAAGAUUGAGGAGCUGCAGGUUCAUUAG